GAUCCACCUGGGGAGGUUGUGGGGUGACGGCGCGGACGCCAUUUUGUCGGUGUUUGUCGCAGCGGCUGGAGAGAAACGACGGCGGUUUGGCGAGAUUUCUCGGCCAGAAGGCCUUUUGCUUUUGCGGAGAUGCGGCAUUCCAAACGAACUCACUGUCCUGAUUGGGAUAGCAGAGAAAGCUGGGGCCAUGAAAGCUACAGUGGAAGUCACAAACGGAAGAGGAGAUCUCACAGCAGUACACAAGAGAACAGGCACUGUAAACCACACCAUCAGUUUAAAGACUCUGAUUGGGAUCUUUGUGUACAAAUCUUUGCCUGUGGUUAUUUCCUGAGAGUAGAUUCUAAGAAGAGGCAUUUUCAAGUUAAAGGUGCUCCAUGUGCAUCCCUCUUGAAGCUUCGCACUCUGUUGAAGAGGACACUCAUCCCAGUCAUUAUUUAGAAGCAAGAUGCUUGAAUGAGAGAGAUUAUCGGGACCGGAGAUACAUUGAUGAAUACAGAAAUGAAUACUGCGAAGGAUAUGUUCCAAGACAUUACCAUAGAGACAUUGAAAGCACUUACCGGAUCCAUUGCAGUAAAUCCUCAGUCAGAAGCAGGAGAAGCAGCCCUAAAAGAAAACGUAAUAGACACUGUGCAAGUCAUCAGUCACAUUCGGUAUGAGUGAUUGGUUUUUAUUUUGAAUGGAUUGAUUGUAAAGCUCUAAAAGAGUGAUAAGUUUCUAAAAGUUUCUUAAUGCAAUUUGGAUAUGCUGUAAUUAUAUUCAUGUUAUUGGAAUUCUUAGGAAGUGUACACAUUCUCAUAAUUGACCACCUGUGUAUUAGUUGGUCUUCAUUUUGGCCACACACUCAUUCUGCAAAACAGAUCAUGAGUUUAUUGCUUUUAAUAGUAAGAACAUCUUAUUUUGUGGUUGUAGAAUAUAUUUAAAAAUGAGGCACCCAUUUUUUUCUUCUUUGAAUGUAAAGAUUUUUUUUUUAUUUUGAAAGAAACUGCUUUACUGGCAGUUGGAAACAACUCAGCCAAGUCACACUGCUGGAGUGUUUAGCUGUUGCCAACCCCUGUGUAGUCUAGCUCCUAGUACAGCACAUAAUUGUCUGCAUUAAUUUGCUAAAGUUGUGAACCUGGGUGCUGAGUAGAAAAUGUACUGAGGAAGCUAGACGUCUUUUAUUUGUGAACUUUGAGAUACCAUUUCCCAUCCCCAAGUUUUUUCUAUAGAACUAGCAGAUACUAGAUGGAAGAUUGAAAUUAGUCUUUACUUCCCCUUCUUACUAUGAUGAUGUCCACUUUUAAAUGUUGCUAAAAAGAGAACAGUUUCAACUAAUCUUGACAUUUUCCUGACUAACUAGACAAUUCAACUCACAGCAUAUGGUUAUAGCAGAAAUUAGUAAAUCGUGACAUUGCAUUCUUUAAACUUCAUACUUCAAUUAAAUCAGUAUUUUAAAGAGACAAUUGUGUUGUUUUUUUCUAUUGCCACUUUAAGUAUCUUAUCUGAAAAUCUGUUCCUUGCCAUGUUUUUCUUCUGUAACAUAAACUGUGCCCUGUGAAUUUCUGGGGACUGAAUUUGAAAUUGCUCCUGCCAACUGUUCGUGGCCUGGUGCUUAUCUGAAUGCCUGAAUAUCUCCCCGCUGAAUGAAUUGCGUAUUCUGCCCUGAAUUCACUCUGAUAUAUUGAUUGGCUGGACGAUCUUGGUGCUGCCCACUUGCCGUUCCAGAAGAGCCACCGAAGGAAAAGAUCCAGGAGUAUAGAGGAUGAUGAGGAGGGUCACCUGAUCUGUCAAAGUGGAGACGUUCUAAGAGCAAGAUGUAUAGAAUAUUUUUCAACACUUUUUAAACUUUGCAGACAGAAUAAUCUUUUAAAGAAUAGUUUGUCAGCGGGGGGCUAAAGACUCUUCAUUGCUUUUUUGUUUUGUUUUUUGUGGGUUUGUUUAUUCUUUUGUAUUUCUUCUUUUCUGUAGAAUUUAAAUAUUUCUAUUCUUAAAAUUCCAAAAUAAUCAGUGGAGUUUGAGAUUAGAGCAAGACAGAUAGCUCUAUCUAAUUGCUUUGUAGCAGCUGAAAAUACAAUAACUUGAGCGAUGAAACCUUAGUUAUGCUUUGCUAAAGAUCAUUUGGAAAUAUGCCACACUUAAGCAUUCAUUGUUUGAACAGCUGGAUAAUUGUGCUUAGGUACUUAGACCUCUCUUUUUCUCCCUUACUUUAGAUGAAAUCGUGGACACUUUAGGUGAAGGGGCCUUUGGCAAAGUUGUAGAGUGCAUUGAUCAUGGCAUGGAUGGCUUACAUGUAGCAGUGAAAAUUGUAAAAAAUGUAGGCCGUUACCGGGAGGCAGCUCGCUCUGAAAUCCAAGUAUUGGAGCAUUUGAACAGCACUGACCCCAACAGUGUCUUCCGAUGUGUCCAGAUGCUAGAAUGGUUUGAUCAUCAUGGUCAUGUUUGUAUUGUAUUUGAGCUGCUGGGACUUAGUACCUAUGACUUUAUUAAAGAAAAUAGCUUUCUACCAUUUCAAAUUGAUCACAUCAGGCAAAUGGCUUAUCAGAUCUGCCAGUCUAUAAAUUUUUUACAUCAUAAUAAAUUAACACACACGGAUCUAAAACCUGAAAAUAUUUUAUUUGUGAAGUCUGACUAUGUAGUCAAAUACAAUUCUAAAAUGAAACGAGAUGAGCGCACAUUGAAAAACACAGACAUCAAAGUUGUUGACUUUGGAAGUGCAACAUAUGAUGACGAGCAUCAUAGUACUUUGGUGUCCACGAGGCACUACAGGGCUCCAGAGGUCAUUUUGGCUUUAGGUUGGUCUCAGCCUUGUGAUGUUUGGAGCAUAGGCUGCAUUCUUAUUGAAUAUUACCUUGGGUUCACAGUCUUUCAGACUCAUGAUAGUAAAGAACACCUGGCAAUGAUGGAACGGAUAUUAGGACCCAUCCCAGCACAUAUGAUCCAAAAGACAAGGAAACGCAAGUAUUUCCACCAUAACCAGCUAGAUUGGGAUGAGCAUAGUUCAGCUGGGAGAUAUGUUAGGAGACGCUGCAAGCCGCUAAAGGAAUUUAUGCUGUGUCACGAUGAGGAGCACGAGAAGCUGUUUGACCUGGUUCGAAGAAUGUUGGAGUAUGACCCAACAAAAAGGAUUACCUUGGAUGAAGCCUUGCAGCACCCUUUCUUUGACUUAUUAAAAAGGAAAUGAAUGGGACUCAGUGGUCUUCCUGUAUACUUCUCUAGGAGCAAUUACUUUAAGACUGUGUCAGUCAACUAAAUAUUCUAAUAUUUUUGUAAACAUUAAAUUAUUUUGUACAGUUAAGUGUAAAUACUGUAUGUUUUGUAUCAAUAGCAUAACUACCUUGUUAAGUAUGGUGUUGAUAAUGAAUGUAAUAUAAGAGUUAAAAUUAAUUUUCCUUUUGAUGUUAAUUGCCAUUUUUAAAAACUUUAGAAUGCCCUUUGUGUCUAAUGAUAAACGUGAUUGGUCUCGUCUUUUGUACAUGAAGGUUGACUCUGAAGUGAUUUUUUUUUUUUCUCUCAAGUAAAAGGAAAUCUUGACCACUU